GCCAGAACUUCCAAAAUUUCGUUUUGCCGUCAACCAUACGGGACCCAGGAACUCGUUGGGACUUAGAAUUCAUUCUCGGGAAUCUUCUGUUUAACUGUCAGAAACUCCCAGUACUUUUUCUCACCAUUGAGGAGGAACCUAGUCGUGUUUUUUCGGAGCUUCCGCGCAAGGUUCUUUUUUUCUUCGGCACUUAGGCAACGAUAUGUUACGCGCGUUGGUUUACUUCCGGUGAUUUCAGGGUUUGACACCGCAAACAUUGGGGGUAAUGCUUGAACGGGCUGCCGGAUGCCUCGAGAACGCAGGACGGCGUUUCUUCCGGGAUUCAAAUGGUGCAGUCCGAGCUCCUCGAUCGAUAUACCCUCACGUCCAGGGCAAGUUCAAUGGCGCGAGUACGGAGUGUCCGCAAUGGCUUCUGGUCCUUCUACAAACAUCCGACCAGCGAGUCCCCACCCCGAAUCCAGACAGGGUUGCAAGCGAUACACGAACGCCUUUUCUAGAUUUUCUGUACCCUCUACGGACGCAGGAAUUUGCGGCUUCAUGUAUUCUUCGCCCCCUAAAAAGAAUUAUCCCCCGUCGACGGAGAAAGGCUCUUCCCAAUCUUACCAGGACGUACGCUUCGAACGCCACUAGUGUAUCGCAGCCUGCUGGGGUAGACAAGUCAGUGCUGGAUGGGGCUACUAGUGGUAAGGAUCGCAAGCGGGCAAAUGAUAGCCUGAAGGGGCUCCUUGGAAAGGAAGGGCUUCCAGAUCACGAAAGAGCGUGGACACUUUACGUUGCCGCAGGCCACCCAGUUGACCUAAAUUCUGCCCUUCUCGUGUAUUUGAGCACAGCAGAAAGAGUCGUUGAUCACAAUCGAGCAAAACGCUUAUUUGAUGGAAUUCCCGCCAAAUCUCGUACAGAUGGAGACUACUUGCAGCUGGCAAAAUCAUACUUGGCAGCUGGCAAGGUAUCCGAAAUGAAGACGGUUUGCGAGGAAGCUAUAUCCGGAAACAUUGGGAUUUCAUGUUGGAGUUUUACGUUUGCACAUUUCGUGAAGAAUUCACAAUGGGAUCUUGCGCGCGAGACGUGGGAUUUGAAACUGGAGCCUCUGCAAAAUGAGUGGCUACAUCAUGCUUUUCUUCAUUUUGAUGCUUCGUCCGUAACCAAUAGCAUCUAUAACCUUGCCAUAUUCUUGCAAGGUCAAGCGCAUGAUAGCCCUGUUCGUGAACUGGCGCGCUCUUUACUUACUCACGCUUUUUCAUCUUCAAGUUUAGUCGAGAGCAUGUCAACAGAAACAAUGCUGUUCUUAUUACGAAAAUUCAAUGACCUUGGUGUUUUAACCCCAGAUCACUAUUUCAGUCUCAUGGGGGCUCUUCAGUCAUCCAAAGCCCGAUCGACGUUCAUCCGGUCCAUUGUGAUAUACCGCAAUUUCCGUUGGCAGAUGGAAAGCGAGGUGCCUCCGGCAAAGGUUCUGGGUCUUUUCCUGAGGUCUCUUGCUUCAUUUGAAAUCACAAGCGGCAUUCAAUACUUUCUUGACGAAUUCGCCCAUUUUCAUGGCAAGCCAUCGAUCGACGCAUACAAAAGCGGACUCAUCGCUUUCUCAAGAGCUGGAGAUGUGGUUCAGGUCAACGACAUAUUCGAUAGACUUGUGGCAGACCAUGGAAAGCCGUUAAGCCGGAGGUUGUUAACACCACUACUCCACGUCCACGCGAGGGUCGGCAAUGUACGAGAGACUCUACGGCAAUUCGAGAGGAUCUCAAAGGAGUUUGGUCUUGAGCCGAACACCGUUUGCUGGAAUAUUCUGCUUUCUGCACAUGCGAAUGCCAAUGAUGUCAACUCCAGCCUUUCGACAUUCGAGCAAAUGCUAUCAAAGGGGAUUGAGCCCAACGCACACACUUUCGGAACAAUAAUGGGCCUUUGCGCCAAUAGAGGUGACAUUGAUACUGUUCGCAAUUUGCUUGUUUUAGCAAAAAAGCGCCAAGUUCAAAUCACAGCCCCUUUGCUUGAUACGAUUGUGGAGGCGUAUUGCAACAACCGAAACUUGGAUAUGGCUGAAAGUGUUGCUGAAACGUGUUUUGGUCUGGAGGUGAAGGGCUCGAGGCUUCGGAUGUGGAACAUGCUUCUAUGGAACCAUGCGUUCAGAAUGGAUUUGGAAGCUGUUUCCAGGAUUCGCUCGCGCAUGGAGGCGGCUGGUCUGCAACCUGAUGGCAUGACCUAUGGUGCUCUCAUGCUCAGCUUGGUCCUCAUAGGACAACCCGACGCGGCCCGCCGUAUUCUCAGAACGCUCCACAGAAGUCGUCGCAUGUAUGCCACGGAAUUCCAUUAUGCCAUCAUUCUUUAUGGGUAUGUCAAAUCGCGGAACCGAGAUAUGGUGCAUAUCAUCUUUCGGGAAAUCCAAGAGCGGUUCAAUCGACCAGGAUUUAGCUCAAGACUUCUUGUUCUGAAGAGUCAGUUGCAGCGGGAUCUGGAGCUCAUCAAGAGUGACGGUAAGCCUGUAACUGGCGCCAACGUACGCCUUGAGAAUGCAGAGAAGUUCCUGGCCGACACCAUCGCCAAUUUCGAUCCUACGAAAUAUGCGACGAAGGAACCAGUCCCGGGUGCUGGCAAACAACCUAUCAACCAGGCAUUCCCAGCUAUGUAUUAUGAAUAUGUCAUCUCAGCAUACGGCACAAGGGGGGCUUCCGAAAAGGUCCGAGAGCUAUUUGAUCAGUUUACAAGCGGCCAGCAAUCCCUCAGUCCAACAGAUCAGGCAUACGACGCCGCGCCACUUCGAAUGCUUUCUGCCCUGAUGCUCACAUACUUGAAAGCGGAUCAGUAUAAAAAGGUUGAGGCUUGUUGGAAAUUGGCAUUCCCGCGUGCUGUGAAGAUGGCCAGUCGUCCAGAUACCGAUAUAUGGGUUUCUACUCGGGUUGAAUUUCCGGAUUCUCCUGAGCCUCCACGCCCUUCAUUGCCAAGCUCAGCCCCAGGUCAAAACAACUUGCUGGUGAGUUCAAAAGAUCAGCAGGCCCUGUAUAACGAGAACCAGCACUCCAUUUUGUCUUCAUGCCGAUUCCUUCUAUCUAGACCCUUGUCACUGUACAUGCGAUCCCUCGCUUAUCGCAAUGAAGCUUGGAGGAUCCCCAAACUUGUGGCAAAGAUCGAACAAGAAGGGUUUUCUAUGACGACUUUCAAUUGGUCUACCUAUGUGCAAAUGCUUGCCUCCUCCGAUAGGCCGUCGGAUCAAAUAGAGGCCUUUACACUCUUUGAGCGGAAGUUCAUGCCAAACUUUCCUGGUUGGAAACAUCUCCAACGAGGAUAUGGAAUACGGCCUCCUGGAGUCCCUUCAACCAUCGAUGCCAUUGAGAACCCAACGAGGCGGAAAAAUCCCCGCGUUCUCGGCAAACAAGGCCGGAAAUACUGGAGCAAGGUCCAGCCUGAUUUCAUGCAGCCCACGUAUAUCUCUAUGGUCUAUCUCGCAUCUUCUUUGAACAGAUUCCGGGAAAGAAGUAUAUAUGACGGGGGUGCCGAAUUGUAUGCUCUCCAUAGUACUGCCCCCACCACGGUUGCAGCGAUCGCCGAGAUGCCCUAUCUCCGUGAGAAAUUCCAAGGCGUGCUGCUUCGUCGUCGCGAAGAACAAGGUGAUAGAGCCGAUGACCUGGAACGAUAUGAGCAGUUUGUGUGGACUGGCGGUAUCCUCGGUGUCGGUGGGAAGCCUAGGCCUAUUACAGACGUGGAACACCCGUCUCCAGAGACUAGCGAAUCAGAUAAGACUACGCCGGAGGAGAGAAACCAGAUGUCUCUCGACAGCAAAGCUGCUCAAGCCUUUGGGGUUUCGAGGAACAGGGAAGCCGGUGUUGCUGAUAGCUCCCCUGAAGAUAUUGUCACGCCUCCUGAGAAGACUCUUGAUUACCAGGAUGAGUAUGAUAUUGAAGCAGAAUCGUUACUGGAGAGUAGACGCCGGUCUUCUGCUAUGGAUGAUGAAUCAUUGGAUAACGAGAGGCGGUCGAAGAGAACAUAUGAAGGACAUCAACUCCUACUCACCACUCUGUUGGAGGGGACGCCGUCUAGUACUCCCGGUGCAACAGGAACUGCACGCCAGUUCCGCAGAUCACGCCGGAGAUGAGUACAUUAGGAUCUUGGAUGGAAAAGCAUACGGUCUCUGUUUAAUUUUUGCGUGUAUCAACAUUUUCCAAGUGUACAAUACGAACACCUUAUAUACAACAUGUCUUCGAAGAAAGGCUUGCAUCAGGGCAUUGCGGCGCAGAUGCGAUAAUGUACAAUUAGAUCAUCUCAUUCUAUAUAAAUAUAUCUUGUUAGUUACUCUUUUAUUUAAUCUUUUGCAGAUACCUCG